GCGGUGUGGAGAGUCUGAGAGUGUCAUCUCUACCUCAGACCAUGUGGAGUGUAUCUAUGCGUCCAUCCGCGUUCGAGGGGAUACAGGGGAUGUGUGUGUCCGUGCGUCCAUCAGCGUGUGCGAGGAUUCAGAGGGGGAUGUGUGUGUGUCCGGCGGGGACAAUGGCAGGGCACGGUGUGGAGGGGGUAACCCCAGCCAGAGGGGGUCCUGCGGGGAGGGGUGUAGGUGGAGGGGUGAGGCGGUUUGAGGAGAUCCCCCACACGGGCAGCAGUGGCUGGCUCAACCUGGUGAAGUUCUGGAGAGAAGAUAGAUUCAAACUAUUACACAAACACAUGGAGAGGACAUUUAACACCCUCGGACCCAUUUACAGGGAGCGUCUGGGCACCCAGAGCACUGUGAAUAUCCUGCUGCCGUCUGACAUCAGCGAGCUGUUCCGCUCUGAGGGCCUUCACCCCAGACGCAUGACCCUGCAGCCAUGGGCCACACACAGAGAGACACAGCAGCACAGCAAGGGAGUCUUCCUCAAGAAUGGGGCAGAGUGGCGUUCCGACCGUCUCCUGCUCAACAGGGAGGUGAUGAUGGCUCCUGCUGUACGUCGCUUCCUGCCGCUCCUAGACGAGGUAGCGAGGGAUUUCUGCCGUAUGCUGGCGACCCGGGUGGAGAAAGAGAGAGGAGGGGAGGAGGGGAGGUGCAGCCUGACCUUCGACCCCAGCCCUGACCUCUUUCGCUUCGCACUGGAAGCCAGUUGUCAUGUCCUGUAUGGAGAGCGUAUCGGCCUCUUCUCCACCUCUCCCUCCCAGGAGUCUCAGAAGUUUAUUUUUGCAGUUGAGAGAAUGUUGGCCACUACCCCUCCUCUCCUCUACCUGCCCCCCCGUCUGCUGUGGCGCCUGGGCGCCUCCCUCUGGACACAACACGCCACUGCAUGGGACCACAUCUUCAGCCACGCCGAGACGAGGAUCCAGAGAGGGGUCCAGCGUCUGCGCUCCACCCAGGCUGCAGGAGGUGGUAGUGGGGGUAAAGAGGGAGAGUUCACAGGGAUCCUGGGUCAGCUGAUGGAUAAAGGACAGUUGUCUCUGGAGCUCAUCAGAGCCAACAUCACUGAACUCAUGGCUGGGGGAGUCGACACGACGGCGGUGCCCCUGCAGUUUGCCCUAUAUGAGUUGGGUCGAAACCCAGCAGUGCAGGAACAGGUCAGAGGUCAGGUGCGGGCAGCGUGGGCAAGAGCCGGCGGUGACGCCCACAUGGCCCUGCAGGGGGCGCCACUACUGAAGGGACUCAUCAAGGAGACCCUCAGGUUAUAUCCAGUGGGAAUCACUGUCCAGAGAUAUCCAGUCAGAGACAUCGUCAUCCAGAACUACCACAUACCUGCUGGGACAUGUGUCCAGGCGUGUCUGUAUCCUCUGGGGAGGAGUCGAGACGUGUUUCAGGAUCCGGAGUGUUUUGACCCUGGUCGCUGGGGGGCUCAGGAGUCUGGAGAGGGGGCCGGAAGGGGUGGAGGGUUCCGCUCCCUGGCGUUUGGGUUCGGGGCCAGGCAGUGUGUCGGCAGGAGGAUCGCUGAGAACGAGAUGCAGCUGCUACUGAUGCACAUCCUGUUGAGUUUCCGUCUCAGUGUUUCGUCUUCAGAGGAGCUCAGCACUAAAUACACCCUCAUCCUCCAGCCUGAAACCCCACCACGCAUCACCUUCAGCACUCUCUGACACACACCCACACCCACAAACACACACACACACACACACACACACACACACCAAUCGUUUAACCAACCAAACAAAUCAACAAAUUAUUUCAUCAAUCCAUAAUACCAGGUAAUCCUCAAUGAACUCACCAACACCCUCACCAUAUGGUCCACAUGAAAACAUCAAAUAAUAAUAAACUCCUAUUUUUGGCAAAUGAAAAUGCCAGUA